AUGGUUAAAUCAUUUGCACAAGCAUUGGAUCUAAAGAAUGAUGCAGAGUUGAUCGAAGAGUAUAAAAAGUAUCAUAAGAGUGUUUGGGUAGAAGUAAAGAAUGCUUUGAAAUCAAUAGGUAUUACAAAGAUGAAGAUAUUCUUGGUUGGAAAUCAUUUGUUUAUGUAUUAUGAAGCUGAAGAUGAUUUUAGUCCUGAGCGUGAUUUCCAACGUUACACUGAUCUAACACCACGUGCCAAUGAAUGGGAUCUCUUAAUGAGAAAAUUCCAACAAAAGAUAUCAGAGGCUAAAGAAAGUGAUUGGUGGGCACCAAUGGAAGAGGUGUUCGAUUUAAAUUGUAUAAAUAUAAUUAAUAUAAACGAUGAGAUAAUAAAUGAUAUAAAAGAAGUAGAAGAGGAAAAAGAGGAAGUAAAAGAUGAUAAUAAAAUAAAGGUUGAAAGCGGAGGAAAACGAGGUGAUAUUGGUGAUGAUAUAAAUGUGGAAGAAUAUGAAAAUAGUUUGAUUGAUGACGGUGGUUAUACAUCAACGCCAUCACCAUCACAUUCAAGUGCAAACAGUUUUCAAUAUAGUGGUGUACCUAUACCACCUUUCAACAACAGCAAUAACAACAACAACAACAAAUCUAAUUCCCCACCUACACGACCUUCUGCCACACCUACAGUAGACACUAGCAUCAAUUUCGAAUUGCCAUCCUCUGCAACUGUAUUGCAUUCACCUUUUACAAAUUCAACAAUGGGAUCAGUACAUGUACAUCAAUCUAGUUCCGAUGAGGUGUCGGAUAUCAUCAGUAAAUGGAGACCGGAAACAGUCUUUAUAGAACUUUGUAGAAGUCGUGCUGGAUUGGUGUUGAAUAGUAUGGAUUCAUCAAAGAUGACAUAUUACAAUAAUCAGCAGCAAUCGGACCACAAGUCACCUCAGCGAUAUGUAGAGACAUUUGAGCCGAGUAACAUCUAUAGUAAUAGGAAUUUUAGUAAUAGCAGUUUGAACAAAGGAAUAGAUAAUGAUACCGAUGGAAAUGAAGAAGAAGAUGAUGAUGAUGAAGACGAUGAUGACGAACAAUAUGAAGAUGUAGAGGGUGACGAUGAGAAUGAAGAGACAACAACAACCGAUAGCAAUCCAUAUCAAGAUUCAAGUCAAGAUGAUAAUAAAAUUAAUAGUAAAAAUAGAAACACAAAUAAUCAGAUAUUAUAUUAUAGACAUAAAUUAGCACAAAUACAACAACAACAACAACAACAGAAUAAACAAUUACAGCCACAGCAACAGCAACAACAAGAUGGAAAUAAUAGUACUACAAGUUCGAAUAGUGUAAAUAAUAAUGAUACAGAUGCAGAUGAUGAAUAUUCAAAUGAAGAUGAUUAUUCAACACCGAAUACUACUACACCUCCAACACCUGUUGAUCAUGAUCAGAGUGAGAAGGGACCGUCUUUCCAGGAUAUCAUAAAGACGAUCAAGCAAGAGGGACUGCCAGGUCUGUUGCACGUCCUCAUGGCAGAGAUGAUCAGGAAGGCCGGAAAUCAGAGCAAGGUCGGUCCGGGUGCAGAGUUUAUCACCGCCUUUAUCGAGUCGAAAAAGAUUGGCGCGAAAAUAGUACUUGGCGAUCGCCUGGUGGAGAUCACGCUGCAGCGUGUCUGGAACUCACUGACGCGUUGGGAAAAGAUCAAAUUUGUAUUCUGUUUGUGCAUGGCGUCAUUCAGUGAAGUCACUCAGCAAGAUAUCGACGCACUGAAAAACAGCGACGAUCGACUGGUGAUGGAGUUGCUCGAUGAGUUCAAAGAGAAGUUCCCGUCGGUCGUACAGACCAUUGUUACCGAGCGUGACCAGUACAUGGCUGCACGACUCAGACUGUGUCCUGGCAAGAAGAUUGUUGCCGUCGUUGGAAAAGGUCAUGUCAAUGGCAUCAUUCGUGAGUGGAACAACUACCAGAUCAAUUUACACGAGUUGGAGUCACCACAUGUCAUCAGAAAAGAACCACAACCAUCAAAUUCACUUUGGAUUGCUAAAUGGGCAACUUUAAUAUUAAUACCAAUAGCAUCUGCACUAUAUCUACUAAAUAAGAGAUAUUGGCAUUUCCCAACAACCUAUUAA